UAUCCAGGUGCCCCUCAGACCUAAAGAUUGUCUUCGGUCUAUUAUGAGGAGGGUGAACCAUAAAGAUCCUCAUGUUGCUAUGCAAGCUCUGACUCUUCUAGGAGCAUGUGUAUCAAACUGUGGCAAAAUUUUUCAUUUAGAAGUAUGUUCAAGAGAUUUUGCUAGUGAGGUGAGCAACGUACUAAACAAGGGUCAUCCUAAAGUCUGUGAAAAAUUAAAGGCUCUUAUGGUUGAAUGGACAGAUGAAUUUAAGAAUGAUCCACAGCUUAGUCUAAUAUCAGCAAUGAUUAAGAACCUUAAGGAACAAGGAGUUACAUUUCCAGCUGUUGGCUCUCAGGCUGCUGAACAAGCGAAAGCGAGCCCAGCAUUGGUUGCCAAAGAUCCUGGUACUGUGGCUAACAAAAAAGAAGAAGAAGAUUUAGCAAAAGCUAUUGAGCUGUCCUUGAAGGAACAAAGGCAGCAGUCAACCGCCCUUUCUACUUUGUACCCAAGCACAUCCAAUCUCUUAACUAACCACCAGCAUGAAGGCCGAAAAGUUCGUGCUAUAUAUGACUUUGAAGCUGCUGAAGAUAAUGAACUUACUUUUAAAGCUGGAGAAAUAAUUACAGUUCUUGAUGACAGUGAUCCCAACUGGUGGAAAGGUGAAACCCAUCAAGGCAUGGGGUUAUUUCCCUCUAAUUUUGUGACUGCUGAUCUUACUGCUGAACCAGAAAUGAUUAAAACGGAGAAGAAGACGGUACAAUUUAGUGAUGAUGUUCAAGUAGAAACAAUAGAGCCAGAACCGGAGCAAGCCUAUAUUGAUGAAGACAAAAUGGACCAAUUGCUACAAAUGUUGCAAAGUACAGAUCCCAGUGAUGAUCAGCCAGAUCUUCCAGAGUUACUUCAUCUUGAAGCAAUGUGUCACCAGAUGGGACCUCUCAUUGACGAAAAGCUGGAAGAUAUUGAUAGAAAACAUUCAGAACUCUCAGAACUUAAUGUUAAAGUGAUGGAAGCACUUUCACUGUAUACCAAGUUAAUGAAUGAAGAUCCAAUGUAUUCCAUGUAUGCAAAAUUACAGAAUCAGCAGUAUUAUAUGCAGUCAUCUGGUGUUUCUGGUUCUCAGGUCUAUCCAGGGCCUCCCCAAAGUGGUGCUUACCUGGUUGCAGGGAGUGCACAGAUGAGCCAUCUCCAGAGCUACAGUCUUCCCCCAGAGCAGCUGUCUUCUCUCAGCCAAGGAGCAGUUCCACCAUCUGUAAACCCAGCCCUUCCCAGUCAGCAGACUCAGGCUUCUUACCCUAACACAAUGGUCAGUUCUGUUCAAGGAAAUACAUACCCCAACCAGGCUUCAGUAUAUAGUCCUCCUCCUGCUGCUGCUGCUGCUGAUGUCACUAUAUACCAGAAUGCAGGAACUAAUAUGUCCCAGGUGCCGAACUAUAAUUUGACAUCAUCAACGCUGCCUCAGCCAGGAGGCAGUCAACAGCCACCUCAGCCACAGCAACCGUAUUCUCAGAAGGCUCUGCUAUAGGACUUGGGAUUCCUCUUUGUGGCAAAUAUCUGCUAAAUGCCGCUGACAAUGUUAUGAGGUUCUUUAAUAUCAUAAGGUUUGUUUAUCCUCAGCUUAUAGGAAUCUAUCUUGGUCUACAGGUUCAAAUAUUCAAGAAGGUAGAACUCUCUUCAAUUUGCACUGACUUUUUAGAGGUUCUCCCUUCCCCUCCCCUAGAGGAUUGAAACUACUUACAACAUUUAAUUCCUUUCAUAAUAUGAAAGAAUUGAUACAAGAUUAUUUGUCUCAUGAAAUUACCUGGUCUGCAAAAGUCAAACUUACAAAAAGCUGUUGUGGCAAAUGUUAUGUACAUAUAUUGCUGUGUAACUUCAUUGGUGGCCAUUUUGAAUCACAGUGGUGAUCAUGUGAAUAUAUUUAACACUGUUAAAUUAAUUUACAUUGCUAUUUUAUUUUAAUCAUGAACAACUACCAUGUCUCAUAAUGUUUUGUGUAAAUUCAAGAUAAUUACACUGUCCCUUUAAACUGCAAGAGAACGAAGCUGUAGCAUAUUUACGUGAAGGCAUUAUGUUGUCCAUGUUUCAGUUUCACAUUAAACUGAACCUUCCUUUGACUAAUUGUGAGCUAAACUUAUGUAUUUUAUGUCUUUCUGUAGCCUCUGCAUACUACUCGCUGUCAUCAUACCAGCGUACAGUAGCUAAAUUUUUGGUUCACGUACAGCAAAUGAUGAUGUUCCCUUUUAAACUUUUACAUUUCGGCAUGAUAUUUCAGAAUAUUGUGGGACCAUGAGACAAAAUUAAGUAGGAUCACAUUCUUUAUAUCUUAUUUUUAAAGGAAUAAUGUUGAUUUACUUUUUCCUAGUUGAAGAUAGUAAUUAGAUUUCUAAGCUGUAUACUGUGUUUAUUGGUGGCAGUGACACCAAAGAUAGAGGCAAUGGAUAGAAAUUUUUAAACUGGAAAGAAAACAUGAAUUACACUACAUUUUCAAAGUCUCUUGUAAUUAUUUAGGAUAUAAACAAAAUUUGAUUCAUCUGUCUUUUCCCACUAUUAGUCUUUUAAAUAUGUCUUUAACAAUUGUAUCCUUUAAUUGUUCAUUAAAAUGGAUAUAAGUAGAUGUUUCAAAGUAUUCUAUAUUCUGGUUUUGCUUGAGAGUUUGUAUAUUUAUUCUUAUCUUUCAAACUGGACUUUUGGGGCUCCUCUCAAAGUUCUAAUGGAAUUAUUUUGGCUUCCUAUUCAGGAGUAUUUUUGAAUGAAGGCUUUCCUUUUGAUCUACAUGAAAUAUGUUUUCCACUGACAUUUUAAUCUUCUUAAAUAUUUAUCAUUUCCCUAGUUGUGCUAUACUGCUAUUUAAUACUAUUUAAACAAAUGAAAAAUUGAAUUCAGCAUUAUAUUAAAUGAAUUGACUUAAUAUGUUUCACACCAUAAAUGAAAAUUUAAUUUGUAUUUUCUAAGGCUACUGUAAUCAGGUAACUCGUUCCUUUCCUUUUUGACAAAUGAUUCCAUCUGUGGCAAGUAUCUUAAUGGUGACUAAUGUUAUGGGUUCAAAUUUACAGCAUUGUCUUCAACUUCAUUAUGUCACCCUAGUGUUGUGUUAUCCUGAGUUUAGAGUAUGUUUCCCUCAAAACAGUAAUUUUAAAACUUGAAUUCACACUUUACACUAAAAACAUUUUUAAUAUAUUGUUUCUUGAUAAACAUUGUCAAACAGAUUAUAAUCUUUUGCACUCCAAUUUGAAUAUUCUAGUUUAACUGAUAGACUUUUUGCCAAGUCAUGUUGUAUUUUUCUCUGUCUUUUGAUAAAUUUCUGUUUACCAAUGG